GCUCUCGCUAUUGCGCAUGCGCAUUCUGCACUUCCUGCCAAAUAGUUGUCCCUAACAACCCAAGAGCUUCACUAUAGUUUUCAGCCCGGAGGAUAUUUAGCUUAGCUUAGCUAACUCCUCGGCUUGAGCGACUCAGUAUGAUGGGCCUGCACAGGGCCAGGAGCAGCAGUAGAGUGUGAGCAACAAGACACAUCAGGACACACAGUGCCGUCCUCACACACACACCGUCAUGGAGGAGCCACAGGAGGCGCCGGAGCUCCCGGCAAAGAAAGCGAGGCACGACCCAGAAAUCAGUCAGGAAGAGGAUGAGAGAGGCGAGGUUGCUCAUGACAACAGGCCGGACGUUUUAGGCUCUGAGGUCAACACUUACCCUCCAUCAUCUGCUGCUCACCUAGAUUCUGUUCCAGGGAGUCAAGAACGCUCAAAUCAGCACAUAUCAGGCUGUGACUCAGACCGCUCCUAUACAAAAGUGGAAGCAUGCAAAGAACUCACAGCUACAGAAUCUGAAUAUACCUCACAGAUCUACCAAGGAAACAACCCUGCAGUUACUGCGUACGACAGCCAGGUGGCGUUUUCUUCUCUGGGUCAGUCAGCAGCGUACAGCACCUUCAGCCAGACGGGCCAAACCUACGGCCUGCCUCCAUUUGGUGCCAUGUGGCCGGGCAUUAAGAACGAGCCCAGGCUGCAGGACGUGUCCGCUGCUGGCCAGACGCCGUUUCUCAGCUUCAGCACAGCUUAUACUUCAACUCAGCCGUGUCAGACCCACUACUCGUACCCCAGCCAAGGUUCCUGCUUCACUACGUCCAGCGUGUACUCCAACAUCCCCACAGCCCCCGCUGUCACCACAGCCACCGCUACACAUCAAGAUUUCUCCAGCUAUAACUCACUGGGACAGAGUCAGUUCUCCCAGUAUUAUGUCCCUCCCAACAGUUACCUCCCACCCGCACCCCCCAGCAGCGAAGCGGACGGAGACAACGUCUCAGUGCCACCUUACACACCUGUAAAGACAGAGACUAGCGCCUCCACAGGACUGGCCAGCUCUACAGCUGCGUCUCCAGCCAGCGUGACCCUCCCCGCGGGCGCGGCUCAGGACGAAGCUGCCCGCAGAAACCCUCCACCCAAAGCAAAAGGCAAAGGAAAGAAAUCGGAGAGCGGCCAGUCUACAGACAACGACCUGGAGCGAAUCUUCUUGUGGGAUCUGGAUGAAACCAUCAUCAUUUUCCACUCUCUUCUCACAGGAUCGUUUGCUCAAAAGUUUGGCAAGGAUCCUGCCACGGUGCUUAAUCUGGGUCUGCAGAUGGAGGAACUGAUCUUUGAGCUCGCAGACACGCAUCUGUUCUUCAAUGAUCUGGAGGAGUGUGAUCAAGUCCACAUUGAGGAUGUGUCCUCUGAUGACAAUGGACAAGAUCUGAGCAACUAUAACUUUACGAAUGAUGGGUUCAGUGGAACGGCUGGAGCAGGAGGGCAAAACUCCAACCCAGCAGUGCAAGGUGGAGUGGACUGGAUGCGUAAGCUGGCCUUUCGGUACCGCCGCCUUAAAGAGAUCUACAAUGGAUACAAAGGGAAUGUAGGAGCUCUGCUGAGUCCCCUGAAGAGGGAGCUGCUGCUGCGAGUGCGCAGUGACAUCGAGACUGUGACGGACAACUGGCUCAGCACCGCCAUCAAAUCCCUCCUGCUGAUCCAGUCCAGGGGCAAAUGUAUGAAUGUUCUGGUCACCACCACUCAGCUGGUCCCUGCUCUGGCUAAAGUGCUCCUGUACGGCCUCGGGGACGUUUUCCCCGUCGACAGCAUCUACAGCGCCACCAAGAUCGGAAAGGAAAGUUGCUUUGAGCGCAUCGUGUCACGUUUUGGAAAGAAGGUGACCUACGUGGUUAUAGGAGACGGCCGGGAGGAGGAGUUUGCAGCUAAGCAGCACAACAUGCCGUUCUGGCGCAUCUCUGCUCACGGUGACCUGGUGUCUCUACACCAAGCUCUGGAGCUGGACUUCUUAUAGAGCACACACCCAGGCUCGCUCGCUCUCUCUCUCACACACACACACACACACACACACACACACACACACACACACACACACACACACACACACACACCCCCCAUGUUAUGGACACCUGAUGAGGCUGGGAGACCAGUAGAAGAGUUUGAGCCUGCAGGGAAUCCUUCCACUACCUUUAAGGCAGCUAAUUACCCGGGCACGAGCCUGGCACUGCGAUAAUAUCUUCAGAUAUACACAAGGAUGGCGAGAAAGAUCCCAACCCUGGCCCUCAUACUGCCAGCCCUCCGCAAAAGCACUGCGUGUUUAUGAGCAUUUCUGUUCAAACUGGAUUCACCAAAGGAAAGACCAAAGCUCUGCACUGGCAUAAGAUUUUGGAUUUUUCCAUCAAUUUCUUUCUUAUUCUCUAGUUUUGUUUUCCUGAUCCUGAUUAUUUUUGCUGAACGUGGACGUGUUUUUCUGUUUUGCACUCAUAGAGGACUGGACUGACGGCAGAGCCUGACUGGGGAUAUGGAAUAGAAGAUUAGUUUUCUCUGACCUUUUUAAUGCAUUAAUGCUGCAUUCACAUUUUGUCAAGGAGAAACACGUCCGUCAGGUGGUCUAGAGUAAAGUGACCUGACGCUUCAGCGUAGCUGGAUUCAUACGAUUCGAUCAAUUCAUACGAUUCAUACAACUGAAUCAAUUGGACUGGCGAUAUUCACUUCCCGUACGCAUGUACUUCUGUUCUUAUAGCACGCUUUCCAUCUGUCUCACUCCCAUAAUCCUCUGCACCUGAAUUCAGGAAGGAUGGAGGGGGAAAAAACCUUCACCUUGCUGGAAGGAAAAUGCCUCAUAAUUUUGUCGAUGGCAAUCUUUUCUCUUUUUUUUUUCUUUUCUUAAGUACUUAUGUUCACAUGGUACUUCAGUUUGUUUCCUGUGACUUUGACAUGUGCCAUGUGUGUUUAAUCAGAUCUUCAGUAUCAAACCCCUUGGAUUAUAAGCAUACUAGAUAAUGAAUUGGCUCUCAGUGUAUUUUAAUGGCAGGCCAUUAAAGGAAUACUGUAGUGUUUUCUAAUCUCUAUCCGUUUCAUCAAAAAUAAACCGGUUUAUGAGUUCUGCAAACAAUUUGUGAAACAUAAUGCAAUUUCAGUGAAGGUUUGAGGAUGAGUCAGAUGUGAAAGUUUUACGGAAACAGUUUUUAAUAGUUUUGUAAAGCAUUUCAGCGCUGAAGUUACUCAGUAGAAAGCAGUUCCUGUUAUUUCUGCUUUCUUUCUUUUUUUUUUAAUAUACAUACAUAGGUUUUGUCAUAUACAUACUCCAUCUGGUGGAAACUGAGGAUUUCUUUGUUUGUGAUUGUUUGUCUAUAAAAAAAAAUUCAUUACGUAAGGACUAAAAUACAACAGAGGAUGCUGUUAUAGAGAAAUAAUCAACUGUUACAACCCCGAAGUUGAGUAUUUUCCAAUAACAGCAUGUCCUGUUAGUGUUUUUUCCCUCUUACGCCACAGCAAUUUGCUAACCAUUACAUUGCUUUAUUAAUUAAACAGCAACUUGUCAUACUAUUUGUCCAAUUAUAGUUACAUGCACGAGUCAGUUCCUGUUAUCACUUAUGUUAUAGCAGCUAUAAAAAGCAAUCCCCCCCCCCCUUUUUUUUUUUUUGAAGCAGAACUUCUCAUGUUACCGAGAAAUCGCACACAGGCUUCCUGUGUCUUAAAACAAUGACAGCUUGUUAAAAAGACUCCUUCCAUAAAUCUUCUUCCAUAAAUGUUAAAUAAACAUCUCCUCACAGGAAAUAAGAAAAUAAGCAAAUAAGAAUAAGCGCAGCCAGAACUACAACAGAGCUGCUGUUAAAAGAUUCAUCAACACCUUCUGACCAAUCAGAAUCGAGAAUCCAACCCUGCUGAAUGAUGAGGGUCUUUCAAUGAAGAAUUCCUUAAAGCAUUUUCCAGAAUUCAGCAUCUGCCCUUACGCUUGCGUUAUGAAUAAAUUUCCAGAUAAAGAGCUUUUCUGUUCUUUUCUCAGAACAGGGAAAAGAGUCAGCUCUUGUUUGUUACAGUUCAGGUGUAAAAACACUGGAGUAUUCCUUUAAUGUUGUCGUUCGUGGCAAAUAACAUGAAAUUUGCAGGUACGCCGAGUCUCUGUGUGCAGUACGACACUGAAAUAUGCAGCUACCAAGUGACAGGCUGACCCUCUGCUUUCUUCCACUUCUGCUUAGUUACUUCGUUUCUGCAAACUUCAGAGUGUAUCCGAGUGACUUCUGUUUGAUUUUGAAAUCGAAGUGUAAAAAUGAAUCAUUUCUCACGGGAACCUGAACUAGUUCAAGAAAAAUAACAUCCAUUUAAGUCCAGUUCUUGUCACAUUGGCGUUGGUCAGUGUUAUAAACUUACUCAUGAUGUCCUUAACAAGCGUAUUGUGAUGAUUUAUAUCGCAAUAUUGAUUUUAUUUGUAUAAAUAUAUAUAAAUAUAUCGCCCAGCCUUAUCUGAGUGCUUGAUUCGUUUGUCGCCACAUCGUAACUCUCGUAAAACCACACAUUUUGGGAGAAGGAAACUCUGUGCAAUAUGUUUUCAGUCAGUGACAUGAACGAUGAAGAAGAGGAGGACGGAAAUUCUGGAUGUUGUGGAUGCUGUGAGAUUCGACUGAACAGUGCUGAGCCUGAAGAAGAAAAAAAAAACAUUUUCAUACAAGCAGCUUCGACUGAAUUACGAAUGUGGACUCUGUUGUUUUUCCUGUACUUAUUUAUAUCGUGCCUUUUAACUCUAAACCUUACAGUGUAUCAUCUUAAAGGGAUUUGCUGUAACACUGCAAAUGUUAAAGGUUUUUUUUUUUUUUUUUGGUUGUGUGUGUGUUUAUAAGUCCGUAAGUAGAAGUGUUCCUUUAUUUUUGUCAUUACAUGUCUUUGUUUUUUAAACGUCUACGAGUUUUUACUUGAUUCUGAAGCUGAGUCUAGCUCAUGCCUUUAUUAUGACUACAAUGUUAUCGUACACCAUCAUUUCUACUUCUACUCGCAGUCUCCUGCUAGCUCAUGAGUAAUUAAUAUCGUUAGCAACGAUCGUUUGAAAUAUAAUGCCUUUUUUCAACAAAAUCAGCACAUGCCUCGAUCAGUUUCGCCUUUUCAUUCUCACGCACGGAGCUCCAUUUAUAAAUGUAAAGCUACACAGUGUCAUCUGUUUGCUGUCUUCUGCUGAUCACUUUGAGACUUAAACUGCAUGGACAAUCAAGGAAACUAAAACAAAUCCUCAGAUUCACUGUUUAUGAAUCGAAAAAGCUGUUCACGCUCAAACCUUUAGGUCCAAAAAUUUCUUUUUGUUCAGGUACAGCAUCUAUGAUGAUCUCUCUCUUUCACUAUUCUGUCAUUCUGCUUUUAUUUCAUCUUCUCUCAUGCAUUUUCUUUAUAUGUGAGCAGCGUGUAAUUAUAUUUGAGCCAAGGCUCGACCUCUGACGAUAAAGCAGCUAUGACAAAUCAUUUAGCCCAGUCAUUAUAAUUAUAGUUUGUGUGUGUGGCUGUAUGAAUGAUAUCUUUGGCGAGUACUCUAAUGCUGAUGUGACUUGACCAUGUUACAUAGGAAAUAGUUUACUAACUGUACUCUGAUGCAAAUUCUUUUAUUUCUUGUUUUUUAUUUUAUUGUAUUUUAUUUUUGGUGACCGGAAUACUGUUUUUGGCCCGGACAAGUUUUCCUGUGUAUUAUAUUACUAUUUGUGACAGCAUAAAUAAAACUCAAACGAAAAUUCAAA